ACCAGCAGCACUUCAACCGCGCGAAGACGUGUUCAAUAUCUUCACCGCCCCUUGUCUCAUGUUUACAUAUUUUCCGUCAUGUACACGGAGCUAUAAGCACCCUUCUCGUAUACCUAUAACUACACCUCUCAAAAAUGUGGCGCAACAAAACUUUGAAAGCAGUUGUGACUACAACACGAGACAGUUGAUGAAUUAGAUAAGGGCUGAUUUAUAGAAACAAACAGCCAGCGCUCCUUUAACAGAAAACUGAGGUCCCCGCCCACAGUUCAUGAUCUGACUGUGGACACUGGCCAGGGUCGGUUGAAGCGGAUGGGGUCAGAGGCGGGCCACACGUUGACAGCUGGAGCAGAAGGAAACACAUCGCAGUCAAGCUGGCAGACGCGUUUGUGUUAAACGCUAGACAUGUUCACGAAGAGUAAAGGGACCGCGGUGCCAUCGGACGGGCAAGCGCGAGAAAAGUUGGCACUGUACGUCUAUGAAUACUUGCUACAUGUUGGAGCACAGAAAUCUGCACAGACGUUUUUAUCAGAGAUAAGAUGGGAAAAGAACAUAACCCUUGGGGAACCGCCAGGGUUUCUGCACUCUUGGUGGUGUGUGUUUUGGGACCUGUACUGUGCAGCACCUGAGAGAAGGGACACAUGUGAUCACUCCACUGAAGCAAAGGCCUUUCAUGACUAUAGCGCCGCCGCAGCACCGAGUCCAGUCCUAGGCAACAUGCCUCCUGGGGACGGUAUUCCAGGUGGCCCCAUGCCCCCCGGAUUCUUCCAGGGACUACCUGGUUUCCAACCCUCCCCUCACGCUCAGCUACCUCCUAACUCUAACAUGAUGGGGGCACAUGGACAGCCCUUUAUGUCUCCGCGCUAUGCUGGAGGACCUCGAACGCCCGUCAGAAUGGGUAACCCGGCUCCAAGUGGGCAGCCAUUACCACCACAUAUGAUGGACCCUACACGACCAACAAGCCAUCCAAACCUGGGUCCCAUGCAGAGAAUGAAUGUUCCUCGAGGAAUGGGCCCAAUGGGACCAGGACCACAGUCUGAUCCUUGGUUAUCAUUACAGAACUAUGGCGGAGGAAUGAGACCUCCAGUUUCCAUGGGCCCUGGAAUGCCAGGGGUGAACUUGGGACCAGGAGCAGGCAGAACAUGGUCUAAUCCUAAUAAUGGAAACACAAUCCCAUAUUCUUCUUCAUCGCCAGGGACAUAUGUGGGUCCUCCAGGAGGAGUAGGAGGUGGCAGCUGUCCACCAGGAACACCCAUCAUGCCAAGUCCAGCAGAUUCCACCAACUCGGGUGAAAACCUCUACACAUUGAUAAACUCGGUACCCCCAGGAGGGAACAGAUCUAGUUUUCCUAUGGGCCCAGAGUCAGAUGGCCCAAUGGGAGGAUUGGAGCCUCAUCACAUGAAUGGCUCAUUAGGUUCGGGUGACAUAGAUGGACUCCCAAAGAAUUCCCCUAAUAACCUGAGUGGCAUGAGUAACCCGCCAGGAACUCCACGAGACGACAGUGAACUGAGUGGAAGCUUCCUUCACUCUUUCCAAAAUGAAAAUUACUCACCGACAAUGAGUGUGUGAUAACAGACAUCUACGAAACACCAAAUGCAGGUGUCACAAAGACCAGAGACCAACCCCACUUAUAACCAGAGUGAUGUCUAAGUUUAGUCUCACCCAUCCAUGAGAACCAAAUCUUAAACCAGCUCUGGUUGAGGUGGUUGCUCUUCAUUUCAACAUGGCCAACAUCAGUGAGAAGAACUAUUGGAUGAGCUCAGCUUACGGGAAGGACCUGUUUGAGAUGGGAGCACCCUUGUUAUGUUUUAGUAAUUUUUUUUAUUAUUUUAUUUAAAAUAGCAGACUAAAGAGAACUUUACCCUGGCAUCGGCUCCUUAAAGAAGCCCUCCUUUUCUUUUUUUUUUGUUGAGUGGACCUCAAAUAGACAUGACAACAUCUACACUGUGGAUUUUGUGAGAAAUAUCACAUACCUGGAAUUUUGGAGAGGACAUGGACCAUUUUUGUGUAACAUUCAAUUAGACUAUUUAAGGAUGUCUAGUCUCCAAUCUCUAAACAGACUUUUUUUUUUUUUUUUUUUUU